AUUUCUUUAUUUUCUAUAUAUAGUCUUCCAUUACAUAGAAAUCACCAUUAAUGACUAUGUCAUUCUGUUCAAUUUAUUAAUAUAUAGAUAUAUACAUGUAGAUGUAACUAUAAUCAGCGGACCAGUUACAGAUUCUGAAACAAGCGACGCGUUGGUUUAUAGAUGGGACGUUCAAGCUGGUGAAGAGGCCAUUCUAUCAACUGAUGUCUAUUCAUGCCUUCGUGAGGAAAGAUGACAGCGCCAAACAGGUACCAUUGGUGUAUGUACUGAUGUCAAGAAGAUCGAAAGAAGACUACGUCGCCGUUCUGACCAGCCUCCGCCGAAUAUUAGGACAGCCACAAGUCCAGUGGUUCAUGUUGGAUUUUGAAGCAGCUGCUUGGCAAGCAAUCAGACAUGUGUUCCCCAGUUGUGUACUGAAAGGAUGUGUCUUCCACUGGAACCAGAGGCUGUAUCGGAAGAUCCAGGCGGAAGGUCUUGCCACCUCAUAUCAAGAUAAGCAGGACAAACAUGAAUUUCUCCGUAAGGUCAUGUCCCUGCCUUUUCUUCCUAGUGAGCAGAUCCCGCCUGCCUUCCGACAGCUGAUGGCCCAGGCUAUGGAAGUUGGUGGACCAAUAUUGGCUGUGAUGGAGUACGUGGAGAGGACGUGGAUCAACGGUAGUUUGUGGCAGCCGAUUCACUGGAGUGUAUUCCGUGAGACCGUUCGGACGAACAACGACGUUGAAGGAUGGCACAGAAGGAUCAACACACGAGCAGGACGUGCGGACUUGGGAUUAUACAUGUUACUACCAUUAUUGAAGAGGGAGGCUGAGGUUGUUGAUCUUCAAAUUCGUCUAGUUUCGCAGCAUCUCUUGACAAGAUUACAUCGUAAAAGAUACGCCCGAAUCCAUGGAGCCUUAUUCGACGCCUGGGACAAGUACGAAGAUGAUGAGAUGACGACUUCCCAACUACUAAGACUGUGCAGCCACAUUACCGGAAUAGGAUCCAACAACAUCAACGACGGGAUUUAUGAGGACGAUUUUUAAGUGUCAUAUAUAUAAAAAAGUGAUGAAUAAAGAAUAAAAAAUUAUUGCUUAAUACUACGUAAAAGCCAUGGUGUAUACUCUGUAAUACUAUGCAUGAUUAUAAAGAGAUGAAUAAAGAAUUUAAAAAAUAUGCGUUGCUUCAAUUACUACAAUAAUAAUGGUAUAAAUUUUACCUUUUGUGAAUAUAGGUUGACAUUAGUAAAAAUAUGUUUUACAGGUUGUAUAAAUGUGUAUAUAUUUGUGUAAAUUUUAUAAAUUAUUCUUUUUUUCAGGUUUUACUUUCGUAUAUACGUAUAUAUAUUUAUUCAUGUAUAUGUAAAUAUAAUAAAACGUUUAAAUCAUAGUUUUAUAUCUAUUGAGUGGUGAAUAAAGAAUUAAAACAGAUUGUUGUUUAUUACAUAGAAAUCAUGACGUAUUCUUUUGAAUAAUAUGCAUACCUCAUAUUUGUUUAUAUAGAGAAAAAUAAAGUAUUUAAAAAAUAUGUGUUAUUUAUAAUAAUUACGUACGUGGAUUUUUUAUGUAUUUAUGCAUUGUUAUUAAUUCUUUCUCUUUCGAGCUUUGUUUUUUUAGUAUAUAUGUCGAUUUUAUUCCGAUUAAAGGCAUUUUUUCAGCUUUAACUAUUUGUGUAUAUAUAGUUUAACAUAGAUUAUAAAAAUAAACUUGUGUGAAAUGUAAUUUGUGUUGACUCUUUAGUUUUUUUUUCAGGUUGUACAUAUAAACGUAUAUAUAUUUCUAUGAUGUUGUUUAUUCACUGAGAUCUUGUGUUAUUAUUUAUGUAAAUAUCAUUAUUAUACUAAAGAAAAGAAUAAAAAAUAUGUUUAAAUUUUCAAUUUUUCUUGUCUUUAAUUGCAUGAAAAUGUGUGAUAAACCACACAUUAAAACCCGCGAUAAUUAAUGUGCCCAUUAUACAUUAUACAAUAGCUAUUGUUCACUAUAUAAAUUAAGUUAGCCGAAACCACUACCUGUUUUACUAUAUAAGAUCAGUUAGACGAACCGGUAGUUAGACGAAACCACUCCCAC